AUGUCCGAUGAGAAGAGAGCGGAGUACAACCAGAAGCGGCGUAUGGCCCGAGCACACAAGAAGGCUGCAUCUGUCAUUAGUAUUAACCCUGAGGAUGUCUCUCAAACACCUGCUUCUUCAUCACCGGAUGUGCCACGACCUCCUUUGAGCAACAUAGCCAACUCAAACACAACCGCUGCAACCUCGGCUUAUACCGACCAUCCAUCUGAAGAUGUCGCUCUUGGGCGCAAAAAACGAAGCUCUGAAACAUGGUAUUCAUGUCUAUCCGGCGACGAGAAAGCAGAGCACUGCAAGAAGCUCCGGAACGCUCGACUAGAGAAGAAAGCUGCAACCACUAGCGUCCAAGUAUCACCUGGUAUUGCUUAUCUUCAAACAACACAAUCUGUUGUCAGCCAUAUGCUAAACUCACCAUGCAGUGGCUCAUCUAUGCAGACAGAUGGUCAUAUUGAUUGGCUGCACACAAAUCCCACUUACGAACGACAAACGAUGGAUGUUCAUGGGGUAUUUGACAUGUCACAAGCUCAAGGAGCGCACAUACAAGAAAACUUUCUACCUGGAACACUUAGCUCUCUUCAAAUGAAAGCUUCUGAGAAGAAACGGCGUCGCAUGAGAGAACAAUAUGAUCAAAUGACGCCGGAAGAAAAAGAAGUUGUCUUGCAGAGGAAACGUGUGCAUAAGAUGGGAAAACGCCAUGCAUCAUCUGAACAGUCCUACAUUGCUGAGCCAACAGGUUGCCACGGCAAUGGUGAAGAGUCCUAUGAUGCUGGAAUAUUAGAGCCUAUGGAGCCCCCUGCCGAAGUGGACGAAUGCUUGCACGACACACGGGAUGGACAACCAGUGCAUGAUGAUGAUGAUGAAUGCAAGAUAUUUAGUAGACAAGGUGACCUAUACCAUGAAUGUCAUGAGUUUGAAUCAUACAGAGUGACACCUAAUGUCUACAAGAAUCUACUAACUAAGCAUCAUGUUUUGAAGCCAGUAAAAGACUGUCCAUUGUGGAGCAAAGAGGUUCCAGUAUGA